AAGAGUGACGAUCUUCGAAAGAAAGCGAGAAACCGCCGUGAAAGCGUUUUUAAGCAGAUGGCAGAACCGGGCAGGACUGUGAGGGUGAGUGGUCUGCCCACAAACAUUGAGGAUGACAGGCUGAAAGACAAGCUAUUGAUUCACUUCCUUAGAAACAGAAAUGGAGGAGGGGAGGUAGAUUCUGCCACGCUCCUGAGGGCAACGCCUGUGUCCGCCCUCAUCACCUUCGAGGAGAGCCGAGUGGCACAAAGAGUUAUUCAACACAGCCCGCACAUUCUGGAAGUGGACGGGAAGAAGUCUAGACUCACAGUAACUGAGCACCGUGAAAAUCUGGACCCAGAUCAGGUCAUCUUAAGCUUAUCAGCAACUGUUGACUACAGUAAGCUUCCUGGGGGAGUCAUGGCAUUGACAAGCCUUCUUAAGAGCCAUCGUGAUGUCCAGAUAAACUAUACUGCUUCUGAGAAAAGCUGUACGUUGUUUGGCUCUUACUCCACAGUGCAGGCAGCUUUGGCACAACUACUUGGACCUCCUGGAGACACAAAGUCAGCAGAAUACUCAGAAGCCUCAGGUCAGCCUGCUUCCAGUGGUUCCUGGUCUGUUCAGAAAGCACAGAAGCAUCACACACAGGACUCAGAAGAUCAGAGUGGAAAAGCUAACAAGCAUAGAGACAAAAAAGAAAAAAUUCACACUGACAGGCCAUCUGACAACUACAAUUCAAGUUCAAAAAGAGACCUAACACCUGGCGGUUACACCUGGGAGGACACUGGGCAGUCAGAUGGAGCAGCUCUGCAGCUUCCUGCAACCUCAGUGGAAGAUUUCUCACUAAUUAUGGAUGCAGACAUGUUCCAGUAUCUGCAGAAACACUGCCAAAAGGAAUACCAGCAUAUCCUGAAGAAGUAUGGUGUUGAGGUGGUGGAUGUGACAAAUCACGGUUUGACCACUCUGUUUCUGCAUGCUGCAGCAGCGGUUAGGGAGCUUGGUCGAGAGCAGGAGUACUUGAAGUUUGCUAGAAAGGCGUUAAUUCAGCUUUAUGAGGAGAAUGAGGCCAAAAUCUGCCGAUCCCAUAUGCCUAAGGAUCUCCUGGAGCCCAGUGGAGGGCUGCAAAGGGCAAUUGAGAACUUAAGUGUCAGACUUCCUAAGGUUAUUCUGAAUGAAGAUGAAAAAAAUAUUUACAUUAUUGGAAGCAGCAGUGAUGUGUCAGAGGCCAAGCAGGUUCUUCUCAUUGACUCCGUUAAACAGAGAGAUAAAAAGGAGGAUGUAGCUAGUCUUCUGAGAUUUCCCUCGUAUGAUUCAGGUUCAUAUACUCAUGCUGAUGAGGAGAGAGUCACCCUCCCAACAUCCUCUGCUGUAGGAUCUGUGGAUAAUAAGUUCGAUGAGAUGCUGAAAUCAGAGGAAGAUGAAAGGAGAGCUGAAGGAGCCAGAAGGUAUAAACUAGCUGCUCGGUUUAAGGAUUCAGGGCUGGUUGCGUUAAGCAAUCGACCAACUGACUUCACUUUACGAACAAACUCAUCUCCCAGCAAACAAGCACGCCAGGGGCCGGUGCUAGGGUAUGAUGUACUGUCAGAAACAGCAGGGAUUUCUGCUGAGGAAAUUUCUAGAGCAGUACCCCAAAACACAGGAGGGGACAUUUUGUUUAAGAGUGGAUUUGGUUUGCCAUCUUUGCAAACUAAAACCCAGUCUUUGAAUCCAGGUUUAACGGAUACUCGACCAAAGAAUUUUAGCACUACACAGUCCAGUUUGCCAGGAAGUCCUGCACCUCAGCCUGCUGGGUCCGGUUCCACCUUGAAGCGUGCCAGUAGUUUCUCAGGAACGCCUCAGCAGAAGGCUCAAGUUACGGGUCAGAAGAGUCAAGAUGAUUCCAGCAAGUCCACAGUCAGAGCCAGGGGCAGGUCUUCUAGCUUCAGUACCCAAACAGGAAUGGACAAGCAGGAAGUCUAUACUGAAGAGUUUAAUGUUUCCAACAUAUUGUGGCGGCACAUAAGAGAAGCCUACAGCUACCGAGUGGAGGACCUGACUUCUGAUGUCCAGUUGAAAGAGAGCCACUUAGCAGGUAGUCAUGAGCUGACUGUUACCAUAAAAGGGGCAAAGUCAUCCAAAGUGAGUUCAUCUCAACUGGGUUUACAGAAGCUCAUUGACUCAGUUAGAUCAGACUUCUCUGUGCAGAAGCUGCCCUUGUCUGAACUGGGUGUCAGUAACGCAGCAGAUGAAACCUUACAGGCUUGUUGUUCAGAAGUGCGGAGCCGCUUUAAGAAGGUUACUAUCCAGAUAUUAACGGACACCUUAUUUCUUCUUGGUCCACAGCAGUUGUGUUCGCAGGUAGGCGCUACCCUGCGGGAAGUAUUUUCUGGAGACUCGGCCCAAAUGUCUGACCAGUACCAACAUUCCCCAACUUCUUUUCAAAUGAAUGAAGAUAAAACCACUAGUUUGCACUUUAACAGUAAGUCUCAGGUGAUGCUAGAGAGCCAAACAGGCAAAGCUGAUGGUACAAGUAGGAGCCAGGAAUGGUGGACAACCUACAGAAGUGAUUUUGGUGGGAAAGAGAUUGUGAAUGGAUCUUUUAGUCAACCACCAAGGAAGGAUCAUGUCAUUAAGGAGAAAGUUAAGGCUGUAGAUACAAUGGAAAUGGAUGGACAGAAGAUUGGCCCAUUUGUCAGUCAGUCUACACCAGGAAAUGAUAGUGUGAGAUGUGUGAAUGGUGUCGGACCAACUGAGAAAGAGACAACCUUACCUGCUACCCAGAUAGGCAGUGUAGGAGAAAAAGAAGCAGAGAUCCAGAGCACCCCAGAGGAAUCUGGAUCAGGCCAGCGAGGCCUGGGGGGCAUCUGUGUUUGUGGAGAGAACGGGACGUCGGUGCUGAGAACAAAAUGUGGCGCUACGGUUUGCUCAAAGUGCCUGGAGACAGUGCAUGCCCGCUGCAGAGUUUGUCAUGAGACAGAGCAGACACCCCAGGGCAUCUGGGGCAAAAGUAGCAAAUCUAAACUAAACAUCAGUUUACCAGGUCACUCCAAGGUCUGCACUAUCAAGAUCACUUACAGCAUUCCUGAUGGUAUCCAAGCGGAUGGUCAUCCAUCUCCUGGAAAACCAUUUAAGGGAGGGCGAUUUGAAGCGUACUUUCCAGAUUGUUGGGAGACAAGGAUGCUGCUGCCCAGGCUGGAGAAAGCCUUCCGGCAGGGACUCACCUUCACGGUGACGGGCAAAGGGACGAACGCCAAGGUGACCUGGGACGGCAUCCCACAUAAGACCAGAAUACAGGGAGGCAGAUCAGGGAAUGGGUACCCAGAUGCCACUUACUUGUUGCGCCUGUCUGAGGUCUUGACCUCCGCUGGGAUUGAGGAGCCAACAGAAAAGUCCCAUGAUUAACAAAUGCAAAUGUGUUUUUACCUUGUUUUAUAUACACAUGUGAAGUAUGUUUGCAGUCUUUGUAUUUAAAGCCAUUUGCACUGUUUGGGGGGGUUUUGAUUAGUGCACAGUCUUACUGUUUUGUUAUAACGAGUUGUUGAUAUUUGAUUAUUCAUCCAUUUAGUAAUUACUAUUGCUUUCAAAUAAUGGAGUUAUAGGUGUCAUUACAGAUAUUCUGAAUUUUUAUUUCAUAGCAUUCCAUCACCAUUUCUUAUUUUAGCAAAGUAAUUUGUGUUUAAAAGGGACCAGCCUGCAUUAUUUCACAUAUGAACCUGACCAUUUUUUUUUUUACAGUUAAUUUUGGAAGACAAAUUUUUAUACUGUUUAAUGUGCACAGUACUGUAAAAGCAAAAAUUUUGUACCGCCUCGUACGGAUGUAAUCAUCAUUUAGUUUAGGAAUAACAGAAUGUAAUUUGUGGAAUAUUCUGAAUUUAAUAAAUUAAUUAGCAAUAAUCUGUCUUUGCUUCUGAGCA